UAAUUACAGGCUCGCAUGAAUGAGCAUCGCGAAACUUCCUCCCGCGCGCUCAGACUCCCUCAGACAUCCCCCUCUCUCUCAGUCUCUCUCUCCUCUCAGUCUCCCUCUCUCUCCGCGGUUUAUUAUAUAUUCAGUAAAGUAUCUUUCUUGUGUUUUAGUAAAGAUGUCUUACACCAGAGUUUUGCCGUCCCUCGCUCGGCUGAAGUGCGAGAACCUGGUCAGUUUGAAACUGGCGGCGAGGCGCUGCCGCUCCACCGCGGCUUCACGCCGCCCGCAGGACGAGAAGCCGGAGGAGGCGCGGCUGGAGCCGGCGUGCACGCUGCUGGAGAAGCCCUGCGAUGUGGACCUGAUCAAAGCCCACCCGGACCGGACCACCGCCAUUUCAGUCGAUUUCGACAACACACACGAAGCGUACCGGAGUAAAGACACGCUGGAGCUGCUCAGGAGUCUGCUGGUCUUCAAACUCUGCACUUUUGACUACCUCGUUGAUAAAAAUAAGGAGCUAAUGGACCUGAGUAAAAAGAUCCUCGGUCAGCGUAUGUUCGAGAAGCUGAUGAAGAUGACUUUCUAUGGGCAGUUUGUGGCGGGAGAAGACCAGGACUCCAUCAAGCCCCUCAUGGAGAAGAACCAGGCUUUUGGUGUGGGGUCGGUUCUGGACUACAGUGUGGAGGAAGACCUUACACAGGAAGAGGCAGAGAAAAAAGAGAUGGAGUCCUGUGUUUCGGAGGCUGAAAAGGAAAGUCAUGGUAUUGAUCACCGUGAGAAGAAGUACAAGGCUCAUCGGCAGUUUGGUGACCGACGAGGGGGUGUGAUCAGCGCCCGCACAUAUUUCUACGCUGAUGAGGCUAAAUGUGAUCAUCACAUGGAGACCUUUAUCAAAUGCAUAAAAGCCUGUGCUGGAAGCUCAGUGGACGGAUUCUCAGCCAUUAAGAUGACUGCUCUGGGUCGACCUCAGUUCUUGCUCCAGUUCUCAGAAGUACUGGUGAAAUGGAGAAGGUUUUUCAGCCUGCUGGCUGCUCAGCAGGGGAAGGAGGGCAUGGCUGUGCUGGAGCAGAAACUCGAGCUUGAGCAGCUACAGGACAGUUUGACCAAACUGGGUGUUGGAGCCAAGCAUGACAUUGAAAACUGGUUUACUGGAGAGAAAUUGGGCUCAUCUGGCACAAUUGACUUGCUGGAUUGGAACAGCCUCAUCAAUGACAGAACAAAAAUCUCCAACCUGCUGGUGGUGCCCAACGUAGAGACCGGUCACCUGGAGCCUCUUUUGAGUCGGUUUACUGAUGAGGAGGAGAGGCAGAUGAAGAGAAUGCUGCAGCGGAUGGAUGUCUUGGCUAAGCACGCAGUAGAAAAUGGGGUGAGACUGAUGGUGGACGCUGAGCAGACAUAUUUCCAGCCGGCAAUCAGCAGACUGACCCUGGAGAUGCAGAGAAUCUUCAACACACACAAACCCAUCAUCUUCAACACCUACCAGUGUUAUUUAAAAGAAGCCUAUGAUAAUGUGAGCGUGGAUGUGGAGCUGUCCCGCCGUGAGGGCUGGUACUUUGGGGCCAAGCUGGUCCGCGGUGCAUACAUGCACCAGGAGAGGCAGAGAGCGGCUGAGAUUGGCUAUGAGGAUCCCAUCAACCCUGAAUACGAGUCCACCAACAGGAUGUACCACAGGUGUCUGGAGUACAUUCUGGAGGAAAUCAGCCACAACAGGAUGACCAAUGUCAUGGUGGCAUCACAUAAUGAAGACACCGUCAAAUUCACCCUGGAAAAGAUGAAUGAGCUGGGACUCACCCCUGGGGAAAAUAAUGUCUUCUUUGGUCAGCUACUGGGCAUGUGUGACCAGAUCAGCUUCCCUCUUGGUCAGGCUGGGUUUCCUGUCUACAAAUACGUGCCGUACGGGCCAGUGAACGAGGUGAUCCCAUAUCUGUGUCGCCGGGCACAGGAGAACCGUGGCUUCAUGAAGGGUUCACAGCGAGAGCGCAGUCUGCUGUAUAAGGAGCUCAAACGCCGUCUUUUCAAUGGCCAGUUGUUCUACAAGCCUGUUUUCUAAGGAACUGCUCUGUAGACCACUGUACUAUAUAUAAUUCAUCCAUUUGCUAUAUAAAAAAAGUGUUUUAGGCUACAUUUCUGAAGACCACCUUUCUAUUAUGGACUAGCCUAUUGAAAAGCUGCUGUAUGGAUCAUUUUCCUAUUGGAAACUAGUCUACAAUAGACCAGUCUGCUAUUAUAGACUAGCCUGCUUGACAGCUGCUUGACUGACCCAUUUACCAAAAUGCUGCUCUAUUAAUCUAGUAUAGAUUGGUCUUCUAGUAUAGAUAGGUAUUGUCUAGCAUAGAGAAUCAAAUGGAUUUAUCAACAUAUAUAAUAACUGGUUCUAUAGACCUCUGUAGUCUUCUGUUGUAUACCAAUCUGCUGUAGGCUACUCAUCUGUUUUAGACUAGACCACUUCAAAUCUUUUUUACAGACCAGUCAGCUGUGGACCAGUCUGUUUUAGAGUAAUCUGCCUUGAAGUUGCUCCACAGACCAGUCUACAGUAGAUCAGUAGAUUCUGUGGACUAAUCUUCUUUUGUAGACCAGCCUUUUUAGCUCAGUCUGCAAUUCUUCAGUAAUCUGUUGUCUUGUUUUACAUACUAGCUCACUUAAAAGCUGCUCUGUAGACCAGGCUAUUGUUGAUCAGUCUUUUAUUCGGGCCUACUCUAUUAUAGAUAGGUUUAUUUAAAUCUUUGUUCUGUACACCAGUUUGUGCCUUCUACAGACCGGUCUUUUAUUGUGUAGACCACUCUGUUAAAAUUGGUUGUAUUGGCUGUAGACAAGUUGUUGGUUGUGGACAAGUCUGCUGUACAGGAGUCAUAUGUUGUUGAAUACUUCUUUAGAACACCUUUUAUUUUAGAAUAUACUGAGCUCCUUAUGUAACAAGUCUGUUAUUCACCAGUUAGUUUUCUGUUGCCUUUUAUUAUUGAAUACACUUCUCAAAAAAAUCUAGUCUACAAUAGCCUAGACAUGGUCUACUUUGAUGCCACUCUAAUGCAACAUCUCUAUGCAGUCACUUCUCUUCACAGCCUCUAUAGUAGGGCUGAUCACUCUUAUCCAUAAUGGGAUGCAGGUACCUCAGCCUUAUUCUGGGCUACCUUCCCCCUCCAUAAAACUGCACGACAGAUGAUCCUGAUAUCAUCAUACUCCACAUUUAACUAACUAAUAUGGCGUGUCCAACACCUUCACGAGUCCCUGUAUUAAUGCAAACAGUGUUUUAACUGUUGUUCUUUAUCUAAUUACUCCAGCAGAUGUGAUUGAGUGAUUUGCAAGUACAAUACUGGGUACAGUAAGAGCUUGGGGCAUACUGAUUAGAGACUUGGCAAGGUGUCCUAGUCCUGAAGAGUUAUUGUUUCGUGUCCCAACCAUGAGAAAUUUGCCAGGUUCACACGGUUCUGGGUCAGAGCUCAGCACAGAGUAGUUCAGGGUCAUCACCCUCGUGCCUUAGAGUGAAAACUCAAGCCUCACUCUAUUUUAUUCAAACUGCUGAUGUUUGGAAAGAGAGAGAAUAAUGAAAGGAGCAUGAAAUGAUGAAAUGAAAUGAGCUUAAGAGGCUUUCCAGUCCCUGUGCUCUAAAGUACAGAACCUGGAGAACUGUCAGUCAUUCCACUUGAAUAUAGCAUGCCUACUCCAAUCCCAAAUACCCUCACCCCACCCACCACUGCCACCCCUGUGUAUUUAGCAGUUUAAACUUAUUUUUAAAAAAUAUUUUAUUUUUCUUAUUUAUUUCUUUGGUGUUUUUCUUUUGCUUUCUAUUUUUACAUGAAUGCCUGUUGAAUUUCAUGUUAAAUAUUUAAUAAUUUGCAUCACAAAAUGACCCAUUUUGUCAAAGUUUUAACUUUGUAACUCCAAAUAUGACUUGUUUUUAAAAUAUUGAGGUAGUAUAAAAAAUAUAAUUUAUAUUCUGAAAAUGACAAAAAUGGUAGAGAAAGUAUUUUUAUUUACCAUGUGUAUUUAAAAUGUAAGGUAACAAGUUGACAUUUUGAGAUAAUCAGUCAUAUUCUGACCUGGCAGAAACAUGUUACUUUAUUUUUUUUUAACCCUUUCUGUGUAGGGGUGUGCAUAUGUGUGUUUACAUGCAGUGGUUUAGCAGUUGUUAAAAAUAUUGAUAAUAGCUGCUCUGAGAUUUUUCUUUUCAAAUAUAUACAUUAAUAAAAUAUACAUGCUCUUUGAACAGUGAUGAAUGUGAGCUUUUGGGUGAAGAAGGCUGAGAGAAAGGACCUAUUCUUUUACUUUUAUUUUUGUAUUUUUUUCUGAUGUUGAAGCUGAAUAUUGAAAUGCUUAUUGUAUUUUGUAUGUUUUUGUGUGUUUGAGGGAGAGAGAGUAGUCUGAUGAUUUAUAAUAGAAUGACAUGGAAUUAAUUUGCUGUAAAGAAGGAUUGCUGUAUGUGUAAACGUGUAUAAAAUAAAUUGUAUUAAAAAAACUAAA